AUGGGCAAGUCAUUUGCCAACUUCAUGUGUAAGAAGGAUUUCCAUCCUGCAUCCAAAUCCAACAUCAAGAAGGUAUGGAUGGCAGAACAGAAAAUAUCUUAUGAUAAGAAAAAGCAAGAUGAUCUAAUGCAGCAGUACCUAAAAGAACAAGAGUCUUAUAACAAUCGGUUACUUUUGGGUGAUGAAAAGGUAAAGAGUGGGUUGAAUUUCAUGUAUGAAGCACCACCAGGAGCUGAAAAGGUGUCUUUCCUCCGUUCACAGGAAGGAGAGACAACUGAAUACAAAUUUGAAUGGCAGAAGAUGGCCCCUCGAGAAAAGUAUGCUAAAGAUGACAUGAAUAUCAGAGAUCAGCCCUUUGGCAUACAGGUUCGCAACGUCCGGUGUAUUAAAUGCCACAAGUGGGGUCAUGUGAACACAGACAGAGAAUGUCCACUGUUUGGUCUGUCUGGGAUUAAUGCAAGCUCAGUCACUGCAGAUGGGUCAGGACCAUCAAUGCACCCCUCGGAGUUAAUGGCGGAGAUGAGAAACAGUGGGUUUGCUCUGAAACAAAAUGUACUGGGAAGAAACCUGACCGUAAAUGAUCCAUCGCAGGUCUAUGUAGUCAGUGAUGCAGAGGAAGAAGAUGACCCAGAAGUGGAGUUUUUAAAAUCCCUAACAACUAAACAAAAACAGAAACUUCUAAGGUAUGAAGCUAUGAAGUGA